AGUCAUUCAUUAUAAACUCUAGUCGCAGGAUGAUGAUGUUGCGCAUUAGCUAAAAUGACCAGCAAAUGGUGUAACGAAAACUCCUCAAACAAUUCAACUCAAGUAAAGAGCGUUUACCUGCAAAUAGUAUGGCAUUUGUGGUCGCAAAUGGCGUGUUAAAAGGGUGCUUAUUCGUGAGGACGUAAACUCCCUUUGUCCGCGGCCAGGUCAAUGUCUCUUGUGCGUUCAGCGUAAAGUCUAUUUCUGAUGGAGCAGGAUGAGGAGGCUGUAAUGUGCUUGAAGCAACAAGUGGAGGACACAAGUCUGAUUCCCAUUGACAGAAUCAACCUCCUGAAUGAUACUUUAAAGCGGUUUCUGAGCAUGGGAGCGGCCCCGGAGGACAGGGGUAAGAUGACGAGAUUCAAGUCUCUCUUAUAUCAGAGCGGCAUCCUGAGCCACUGUGUCACCCUUCUCACUCUGGAUCCCGGACGAACGCAGAGCAACUGCAAAGCCGCCGUCACAUUGGCGUCACUCACAAGUUCCUGUUGUGUGGGCGUGGAGCCUGGUGAACUGUCAGAGACGUUUCAUGGGUUGUUCCUCCCAUCAGUCAUGGAUGGCCUUCUGUCAUUGGCCAGUCGUCUCGCAAUGCGAGCUGAGUGUGUCUCUCUCUUUAGGAAGGCGAUGGACUCGGUCAGCUGGCUUCUGCAAGCACAUGCGCAGCUGGCUACGCAAGUUCUCAGCUCUUCCCACUAUGCGCUCAUUCAGGGCUGUGACGAGGUCACCGUGUCACUGCUCUUUGUUCAGAUGUGGAUUAAUCUAUGUACAGCUAGCAGUGACUUUCUUACCAGUUUAAAUGAUGAUGCCAUCCUGCUGCUGCUCAAUGAGGCUGUUGGUCAGUUAGCUGUGACCUCUGAUGCCACAGUGGGCGAAGCAUCGGUUAGACUCAUCCUCCACAUGGCAGAUCAACUGCCGCUUCAGCCCUUUCUCCUCAACUUUAAAGGUUUGGACAGCCUAUUAGACAAAGACUGGCGAGGACGGGGCUUUGACCAAGAAGUAAAUAAGCUGAUUGCACUCACACAUUCUCGGGAAAUCCCUUCUUCUGUCGAUCGUGUGAGAGCAGCAUGUGUGAUUCAGGCAGCCUGGAAAUCCUAUCUGACCAGACGUAGACUGAAGUGUCUUGGCGGAGUAGUUUCCAUGCUGCAGCGUCGCUUCAGAGCUCACAGAAGACAGCAGCAACAGCAGAGGGAUGCGCAGCGUUUGCAAGAGGAGUUGAAUUUUCAGGUGUGUUUGCAGCGUCAGCAGGCAAGGACGAAGUUCCACCAGAAACAGAGAAAAUUGCUGCAGCUUCUACCUCCUGACCAGGUGCAGCCAUACCUUCUAGAAUGCCAGAUCCGGGCUGCAGUGUUGAUCCAGAGCGCCUGGAGAGGGUUUCUUGUCAGACGGUGGAUUGACUCGCAGCGAGAAGCAUUGAGACUUGCACACGCUCAACAGCAUGCAGCCAGGACCCUGCAGCGAGCCGUCCGUCGCUUUCUCCAGAAACGACAAGCAGCAAAAGUCUUAGCCUCUGGACCUUGUUGGAUUGGCCAUAAGGGGUUGACGGAUAGCAGGAGGGCAGUGUUGAAAAGACAGGUUGAGGAAUACAUCAGUUUACAUCCUUCAAGUGGGGUGAGUCGUCAACAGUGUGAACAACUCCAUAAUGACGUGCAGUGGCGGUUGCAGGCGCUUCUGCAACAGGCAGUGCGACAGAAGAGGCAGGAGCAGAAAAUCGAGUCCCUGUUGGCUCACACGCACACUCAGCUGGAUCGUCUCAAAGAUGCUCCACCCCUGUCGGCUGUCACGGCGACAGAUAUCAGCUCCUUCCUGAGCCCUUCUGGUACCAUUGCCACUCGGGCCCGUGACGCCCACAAUGGCAGGCUACGGGCCCACAGGCUGCCCUGGUGGCGAACUUUGGGGGAGACUGCUUCAGUACUCAAACCAAAAGAGGAAAUUGAGCUUGGUGGGGACGCCAGCAGCUGAUGAACUGUCAAAUUGAACCUUCGCUGUGGUUACUGUGUACUGUACCUCUAAAUUGACUUUGUCAUAUUAAAUUGUUUUGUUGCUUUGAUAAAUAGAAAAUGUACUAUUUUUUUGCA